AUGAACACUGCUUACAAAAUAUCCCAGCUAAAGAAAACUGAGUCGGUGACAGUAUUUGAACUAUCAACCGAAUGUUCUAGCAACACAACAUCCUACCUUACUGCAACCCUGAUCGAUAAGAAACUGAACCGUGCUCUUCUGACUGCUAAUAUACUGUGUACUGGUAGUAUGGUGAAGAAAGUGUCGGAACCAUGGUUACUGGGGUACCAGGAUAGUGUACUGCAUAUAGUAAUCAAAGGUAUAGCAGGUACCAAGUAUACUAUUGGACUUAAUCAGACAGAGUUAGACAUUAAUUGGUCGUCUGAAAUUACGCUUAGAAACAGAGAAAUGGUUAUUAAUUCCUUUGCUAUAUCCGAGGAUGACAUUUCUACAGAAGGACUAGGGUAUGUUUGGAUAAGUGCGACCUCGAAGGAUCAGUAUCUCUCGAACAUCACCAGUGAGAGAAAUGUCGCUAAAAUGUUUGUAACUCAAAGCUACGGUACACUGAGAGAGUUCUACGAGACCAAGCAGUACAGUUACAACUUGCUGAAGUCACUUCAGAUGUUGAGUUUUUCUACGUUUGGAGCAGUGACUCUUUCAAAUGCUUCUUUUCCAUCCCUCAAAACAGGAACUUGGUACAUCGGAUUGGUUCAAAUACCUCAAGCAGGGGAGCCUCAAAUAACCGACAAACGAGUAAUGUUAGAGAAGGUAGUGGUUAAGAACUACAGUUACAACUUCAGGAUACUGUUCCUGAUUCUUAUCUCUAUUACAGGAGCAUUAUUCCCGGUAAUUAGCCGAGUAGUGUUCGACUACAACAAUUUCAAGAACAUGCACAGAACAAAACUGAAGGAUUGGUUGAGUGUAAUGAUGGAUAUGACAUGGAGGGGAGACAAGGGUUACCCUUACCUCAUGACUCUUCUCAUGAUGGUACUCUCUGUUGGAGCAUUUCAGGUGGUCAGUGCCAAGUGGUCGGACAUGAUAGAAUUCGGAGACAGAGAUAUCUGCUAUUACAACGAAAAGUGUUAUCGACCAUUCGUCUGGUACGAUAUCAGUGUUAACGACUGCGCCAGUAACCUCCCCUUCGCAGUACACGGAGUGAUUCUUCUGUUCUACUUCUCGUUCUGUGAAGCCUAUUGUAAAUCUGUUGGUCACACUCACUAUGAUUACGCCAUACCUUACUCGUUUGGGGUAACCCUCAUUUGUGAAGCGAUCGGAUCCUUUCUCUACCAUAUUUGUCCGAGUCAAAUCAUCUUUCAGUUUGAUACGAUGUUCAUGUUUAUGAUGUCAAUCUUGCUUAUAGUUGGGAUAUUUGAAGGGUACUCUAUUAGAAAGAAUGAUAUUAUCUACCACUACGAUUUGGAGAGAGCUCCCAAAGCCCUACAGCCCAGCAAAGUUAUAUGUUUCUUUGUGGGUCCGGUGUACUUCUUUAACUUUAUCGCAAACUGGAGUGCAACACAAGGGUUUCCAGUGUGGAUGAAUGUGGUGUUCUACCUCAGCUACUCCUUUUGGCUGAUCUGUAUUCUUACAUGGGCUGCUUACAACCUGGGCCUACUAAAAAGAACCUUUCUUCCUCUCCCUGUUAGACCCACUCUAGCUUCUCCAGAAGAUGGUCUCACUCUCGAGCACAUCUUCACUCCUAACUCUCUGAACAGAAUAAGUCACAGAGCAAGGAUGGUAUUGAAGAUAGUGUUGUUCGUAGUUUACUCUGUUAUUUCAGCGGUUGGAGCAGGUUUAGCCUUCCUCCAGUUGGUGUCCUUUUCCAUUUAUCUACUUGGGAUACUGAUUGUCGCCAUGUUGGCGCUUACCUGCAUAACGUUUAUCCCGGUAAUGCACAAUUUAAUAGUGUGGGUCCGGAAGAACAACAUAGGAUCAGUAUCCUGUGGAGAACUGAGAUUUUGGGGCAGUAAUCAGAUUGUUAUAACUCUGAUAAUGGUGAUAUACGUCCUGAUAGGAUGUGUCUUCAGUGCUGUCUCACUCAUCUUCUUCUCCAAAUACGAGACCACUAACAAAUCAACAUCUCCCUGGCUCUCACGAGAGUUAAACUCAGAGUGUUUCGCUGAUGAUUUCUACAGCUCCCACGAUAUUUGGCACCUCAUGGCCAGCUUCUCCCUGGUGAUAAUGAUCCUGGUGAACGUACAGAUCAGUAAACCUUGUCGGGACUGUUACUUAUCAUAUCUCAGUGCUGACGAGAAAGAAACUGUCAGGAGGAUGACAGUGAGAUGGAAGAACGGAGAGCGACCUCAAACUAUUGGACAAACUUUGCAGAGAAUAAUGAGGAAGAAUGUCCCAGAGCAGAAGGAUUCCACUGCUAGUGGAGAACCUCUCUCUCAAUCCACUCAACAAGAAUCUCCCGACAGAUCUCAACACUCUAACCAUGUAUAAAAACAAAAAACUAGCGACCAUACGAAGAUGGACAAAAUAACGUAGGGCAAAUAAGUAGUUUUAAUAAAUGAAAGGCAAUUGAGCUUCCUUGACGUAUUUCAUAUUUGUCGUGGUUAUUGCAAUAAUUAUAAAUCAUCCAAAUUUAAGGUACGACUAAAAUAACUCCUAUGAAUAUGCAGAAAAGAUGACUGUUGUUCUGUGUUCGUUGAAAAACGUUCACCGUUUUAUUCGCUUUUGUUUAAAUAAUUUAACGUCCGUACACAUUUUACUUUUAGCUGAUAGAAGUUAUGAAAAAGGGGAACAAAAAGAUACAUUUAUUACGAUGAUAGGCAGCAAUAAUCACCUUUUAGUAUCAGCUAAUGUAAUCAACGCAUCGUUCUUACUAACGUCAAAUGUCCAUUAAACAAUAAUCGAAUCAAGAUUUUGAUUUUCAAAGCUCACAAAUAAGUAAAAUAAUCCAACAUAAUAC